UUUAGCGCUCUGUGCACACCCUACAGCUACCUGAGGGCCUGCAGUUGGAGGCCUUUUGCCUCUUCGUUGUCUAGGUGAGGUCUGUCCAGGCGUCCAGCAGUGCAGGGUGAAAUCUGAGGCGACUGAGGGAGUGAGAGAACGACCCUGUACCUGCAGAACUCAGAUGCCUCUGGGAAACUGCUGGACUGCUGCUUACUCUGACAAAGCAGGGGCAGUGGACCCAAAUCAUUUUAACUGGGGUUUCCCUCAAGCAGGCGGGAUCCCGGGGUUGACUUCCCACUUCUCUCUGCUUCCCUUUCUUUAGACGCACAGGAAGGCGUGUUAGUGGACCCAUCUGGAUGUGCCUUGCAGGAACCAGCACCCAGGCAGGAGGACUAGGAGCUCACCACGAAUACCAAGAUGGCAGGCUCCUCGCUGUUCCAAAUGCGGGUAGUCCAUCUGGACCUUAAAGGAGCACCACCGAAAGUCUCGUACCUCUCGGAGGUUUUCCCUCUGUUCCGUGCCCUGGGUGCUAAUGCCCUCCUCAUGGAGUAUGAAGACAUGUUUCCCUACGAGGGUCGCCUCAAGCUGCUGCGCGCCCAGCACGCAUACAGCCCCUCGGAGGUGAGAGCCAUCCUGCACCUGGCCAGACAGCACGGACUGGAGGUGAUCCCUUUGCUGCAGACGUUCGGGCACAUGGAGUUCGUGCUGAAGCACGGGGCCUUCGCUCACCUCCGGGAAGUUGCCCUCUUCCCCAGCACCCUGAACCCCCACGAGCCGGAGUCGCUGGCGCUCGUCGGAGCCAUGGUCGACCAGGUCAUGGAGCUGCACCAGGGGGCUCGGUGGCUCCACAUUGGUUGUGACGAGGUCUAUUACCUCGGGGAGGGGGAGGCCUCGAAGCAGUGGCUGCAGCAGGAGCAGAACAGUGCAGCCACACUGUGCCUGUCACACAUGAGGGCCGUGGCCAGCCAUGUGCGUGCCCGGCACCCGGACACAACACCUCUGGUGUGGGACGACAUGCUGCGUGACAUGCCGGAGGGCCUCCUGGAAGAGUCCGGGGUGCCACAGCUGGUGGAGCCAGUGCUCUGGGACUACAGGGCUGACCUGGAUGUCCCCAGCAAAGUCGUCCUCAUGGAGAAGUUCCGCGCGUGCGGCUUUCCCCGGCUCUGGGCCGCCAGUGCCUUCAAGGGGGCCACAGGAGCCCACCAGGCGCUGACCCCUGCUGAGCACCACCUGCGGAACCAGCUGCAGUGGCUGGAGGCCGUCCAGGCCGGGCCUGCUGGGGCGCUGCAGGGCAUCGUGCUGACUGGCUGGCAGAGGUACGACCACUUUGCGGUGCUAUGCGAGCUGCUGCCCGUGGCCAUCCCGACGCUGGCCAUCUGUCUGCAGUCCCUGUUGCACGGCAGCUUCAGUGAAGAGGCAAAGGCCACGGUGCAAAGCUGCCUUGGGGUCUCCAGCCUGGACUUGACCGACUUCACGAGGGAGGGUGCCUGCUCCUUCCCCGGCAGUGACAUACUCGCCCUCGUCACUCAAGUCGGCCUCCAUCUGCGGAGCUCUGUGGAGGCUCUGCUGGACGGGAACAGGUACGUGACGGGCUGGUUCAGCCCCUACCACCGCAAGCGAAAGGUCAUCCACCCAGUCAUGGUACCACACAUCCAGCCUGAGGCGCUCAGCCUCCUGGGCCGCUGGGCCACCCUCCUGCCGGAGCUGGAGGCCGCCCUGACGCGCGUCUUCUACCCAGACGCCGUGGAGGAGUGGCUGGAGGAGAAUGUGCACCCCAGCCUGCAAAAGCUGCAGAGCCUGGCCCAGGACCUCAGCCAGGCCAUCGGCCAGCCAGGGCCCUGAGUGUAGGUGUGGAGCCCGCAGCCAGGCAGGUCCCAUGGACUCCUCGAUAUCAGGAGGGGAUCCUGAGGAUUCCAAGAGCAGGAAUGCCCCCUGAAGACAAGGGGGAACCCCACAGUGGGGCAGGUCUCUGAGGACACCCCAUAUUGUGCCAUGACCUGAAAGCCCAGGGCCAGAGACCCAAGCAACAUCCCCCCCCCCAUGUCCAGGCUGCUGGCACCUGCAGGGUGUUUAAAAUAAAGAGGUGUGGGAUCGUG